ACCUGAUCCACCGUGUCUCCGACGCCUUCGACCGUAUAGCACUCCACCACACGAGGGCCGACGCUGUCCAAGCACCCAACUGCCGUGCAUGCCGCGAUCUGUCUUGCUUCUGUGUGCAGGCCUGGGGCUUCUUUCCGCGCAGUCAUGCCAAGUACCCGCUGAAAACACGCUCACGUCGAACUGUUAUGGACAGUGUGCUCCGCCGUCCGCCGACAGCACCGCCUUCCACGUCGUCCCCACUUGCAUUAUCCUCGCCGCCGACGACCAAACGAACGGAUGCACAAACCAAAAGGAAGGAACUUGCGUGGAGAAUGUCGGGGCAUGCACGCUCUCGUGUCUGAAUCCCGUCACGAGUGCAACCAACUCGACGUGGUCCAUUCGAGUGGGCGUACCCAAUCGCCAAGACGCCGAUGUCGGUCGUGUGCAUGCGAUCUACGACGUCGACAUCACGCCCGCCACAAUGGCCAUUCGCAUCGCCCCGCGCGACAACGUGAAAGAACCGUCGUGGGAGCUUCGACUGUCCUCGACCAGCUUUCGCCAAGCUACGAACGUGGUCUCCAUUGACAUCGAGCGCCUCCUAGUCGCCAACUUCCCGUCUCUCACGAUCCUGUCCAAGCUCAAGUCUCUCCGUCUGAGCAACGUUGGCUUUUCGCACGUCGCGGACAUCGACGGAUCUGCCAUGCCCGAAAAUCUCGAGUCGCUGGACCUGUCCCAGAAUAAUCUGCACCAACUCCCCGCAUUUGUCUUUCGCAACAAGAAGCUGCAGCUCCUCAACAUGACUGGCAACCCCCUCGCGAACGUACACGUGUUCUAUUCCGAGUUGCUCUUCCUGCAGCGACUGCCGGCGUAUUCAGGUCCAGCCAUGGCCAUCACGGGCGCCUGCCAAGCCGGGUAUACCCCCACGACGUGGGAAAGCUCCACGCUUUGCGUGCAAGCGAACGGAUCGUUGGAACAAGCCGCGCCGCCAGUCGCACCGACGUCGGCUCCGCCAGGACCACCACCCCCAGCGUCGUCCAACAAAGUUACUCUUAUCCUCAUUGGCAUCGGAAGCUGCGUCAUCGUGGGCGUCUUCGUGUACCUGGCCAUCUUCGUCCGGCGGCCGCGCAAUGGUGGGGGAAAAUCUUCCUUUGGCGGACGCGGGUCGCGGACGUCGUCGGCAGGAGACGAUGGGUCGUUGCACGGGAUGGAAGGUCCAGCCACAGACAAGACAUACUACGCCGUGCACACGGUUCGCUUGCCGGACGGCGACUCGAUUGACGCGAUGACGCCGCGGAGCUCGUCGUCGCGGUCGACAUGGACCGUGCUGUCGUUCCGAAGCCUCUUUACCGAGAUCGUGUACCCUGACUUGAUCGUAGCAGACCGCCCCGUCGUCAUCGUCCACGACAGCUUUCACAUGGUGCGAGGCAUGUUCAAAGGCAAGCGAGUCCAUGUAAACCGCCUCAAGCCGAUGCCGCACGACAAAUCGUUUGUGUUUCUAUCGCUGCUGUCGACCGUUCGCCACCCGCGGCUGACAUCCGUGGUCGGCGUCAGCUGGCGCAAGCUCGAUCAUGUCACGGGCGGCAUCCAAAUGGACAUUGUGUGCGAAUUCAUGGACUCGGAGCUCCUCGAGACGUACUUGGGUACGACGACCAAGGCGGUCGCGCCGUGGCGCGAUGGAAAGAUCGAGCUUGUACUGGACGUCGCCCUCGGCCUCAUGCACAUUCACGACCACAACUUUAUCUACGACAACCUUAGUCCGACCACACUUUUCGUGGACUCGCGCAACGGAUGCAAGCUCCACACGGUCGCCGUGACGUACAAGGCGCCGUUCCCGACCUCCAGCACGCUGCAUGUCGCCCCUGAAGUCCUCGCGGGGGAAGAGGUCACGCUCGCGUCCGACAUGUUUGCGUUCGGGGUGCUCCUCGCACGCAUCGACAGCAUCGCGACGCAAUGGAACGCGGCCGCGGACAUUUCGUUCACGCCGACAUGUCCAGAUAUGAUCGUGCAAGUUGCGAUGGCGUGUCUCGAGAAGGAUCCCCGCCAGCGCCCGAGCGCCAACUUUGUCUACGCCAUGCUGCGCAGGGAAGCUAGCUUCAUGGAGUCAUAGGAACGACGAGUAGUUGUUCAAUAGGGUAGGAGAGUAGAAUCGGAUAGGUAUUGUCAAGUGUCGUGCCGAUGGAAGCCA